CCGCUUCCCCGCAGUCCCCCCCUUUUUAUUUUCUGGCGGGGUGUAGAGGACGGAAGAGCGAAAGGGAUGGUGAGCGAGGACUGUGAGGCCGAGUUCCCCGAGCGGUUCCGUUCCUACUCGGAAAACGACAAGCACUGGGAGGCGCGGCGUGCCUUCAUCGUGCGCAAUUAUCCGCCGGGAGAUGGGGAGGCGCUCUCUCCGCUCCGCGUGGACCAGCUGCUCUCGCUCUCCAUGGUUUGGGCCAAUCACAUCUUCAUGGGAUGCAGCUACAACAAAGAUCUCUUGGAGAAGGUAACUGAAAUGGCUGAGGGAAUUGAAGUUGAAGAUGCACCACAUUUCACAACCCGCGAUGAGUUAAUGAAAAAGGGGAAAGUGUGAAUACAUGCAUGCAGCUUUAGGGAAAGCUGAAAAAACCUAGAGAAUCAACACUAGUGUCCAAAAGAAGAGAUGUCAGGCUUUCAUUAUGCCACACCUUCGGCUUAACAUGGAAGACUGCAAUCCUGAUACUGCAAGAAGGAUCACUUCCAAGAUGCAUUUUAAAUAAGGCUAUAUUUACACUGGAUACUGAUUUUAAUGGGGUUGUUUUUUUUAAUUAAAAAAAUGUAUAUCUUGAUUCAGAUUUUUAAUUUUUAAAGGUACUGAAGACUCUUAUUCUUCCCCUUAUGAUCACCUGGCACAGAAAAGCCCUUCCAGAAAUUGGUAUGGUAUGGAGGCCUGGUUCAAAGGUCUUCCCCCCAGAUUAUAACAUGUUCAGCAGAUUGUCUUCUCUGUGUACUGGUUUGCUAAAGAUGAGAAGGAGCAGCUGCUCAGAGCAGAGAGGCAAAUAUUGUAUCUAGAGCAGCCAAAGUGCAAAUUUGCCUGUCUGUCUCUGCCUUGUAGUGGCAAAGAGAGUAGGCACUAGGAUACAAGUGGUGCCUGCUCCAUGCCCAGGUUCUUGACAAGAUCAAUAUGCCUGCUCACUUAUUGGAGACCAGUAGUUAUGUGGUGGAGAGAUGGCUAGGUGGGGAAGUAGGUGUCACCAGAGGCUUAAUUUGACAGAAGGCAUCAGCAGUAGGAAGAAGGUGGUGAAGGAUGGUGUCUUUGUGGUUAUCUUGCCAAGGUGGCACAGGAGGAUGGUCAUAGGAUCGGGAGAGUACUGAGCAUGAAACAGUGGCUUACUAUGUCCUAGGUGCUUUAGGCUUUUAAAGGGAUGCCAUCAAGGGAUUGAUGAGGAGGUCAUCAACAGGAUAGAAUACCUUGAAGGCAUAGGGGAAUAGAGUGUAGAGCAGAGCUUUCCAAACUUUUCAUGUUGGUGACAUACUUUUUAGACAUGCAUCAUUUCGCGACACAGUAAUCCAGCUUUACAGUACUAAUAAACCAGAGGUCAAACUGACUCCUUUCCAGCCCUGCGAGGAGUGUGGGGAGCAUUCGUGUGACACACCUACACGCUGCAGCCGACACACAAAUCUGUCGCGACAUAGAGUUUGGAAAGCUCUGAUGUAGAGCAUUGCGACCUGCUAUCUGGCUAACCUCAUUAAGCAGUGCCUUUGACUUGCUGGGUACACAAGGUGCAUAUCUGACUAGAUAUAGCUAUAAUGCUUAAGGGUUCUGUGAUUAGGAUGAGAAGGAGCGGGCUGCAAUCACUCUCACAUCAAGGAACUACUUACUUGUCAU